AUGUGUGAGUCAUUCAAUAACAACAUCUUGGAAGCUAGGGACAAACCUAUAGCCAGCAUGCUUGAAUGGAUUAGAAAGAGGGUAAUGCACAGGAUUCAAAUCAAGAAGGAAGGGAUGGAAAAAUACACUGGUGAAAUUUGUCCCAACAUUGUCAAAGAUUUGAAAGCACUAAAGGUGCAAGCUAGGAAUUGUUUUGCAACCUAUUGUGGUGACAGAAAAUUUGAAGUAGAUUGUGGUGAUACCACACAUAUUGUUGAUUUAGAGGAAAAGAAAUGCAGUUGUAGGAUGUGGGAUUUGGCUGGAAUACCUUGUAAACAUGCAGUUGAAAUAGGAUUUCCAAUAGUGGCUCCUCCAUUAUACAGAAAACAGCCUGGAAGACCACCAAAAAUGAGAAAAAAAGGUAUAGAUGAGCCAAGAAACCCUGUCAGAGUUUCAAGGCAGAAUAGGUUCAUGGUUUGUGCUAGAUGCCUUCAGAAAGGUCACAACCAAAGGUCUUGUAAGGGUCCAGUCCAUCCCAAGUCCAAGCUUUUUAAGCAAAAAAAAAGUAACCAGCAGCAACCACCUUCACCAGCAACAAUAACAGCAACAGCAACAGCAACAGCAACAGCAACAACAUCUCAACCCAGAAGGAAGCUCCCUAGUAGGAGGGCCAACACAUCCUUAUCUCAACCCACUAGAGUUGGCCAAACAUUUGAAGAAUUUCCAAGUAUGAGAGGCGACACAUCAACAUCUCAGCCUAUUAGAGUGCAAUACAGUUCUCCAGAAUUUGAUAACUCAUCAUCUCAGCCCACUAGUUAUGGUAGAUGA